ACUGAUUUUCUCUCUCCCUCGUCAAUCAAUAAUGGCGCUCUCGCUGAGGUUACACAAUCUUCUCUCUUCAAACUUGACACCCAAAACGCCACAACUUUCAUUGUCGUUUUCAUCUUCAUCGUCGUCGUAUGUCACUGUGCUUCCACUCCUCACUGCUUCUUCACUCCAUCUCAGGACAUCUCCGUGUGAAACCAUCAAAGCAUCGUCGUCUCCAUCUUCUUCUUCGUUUCCUACCACCAUUGUAGAACCAAAGGGCAUCAAAAUUAAUUCUAUACCCACUAAGCCGAUCGAAGGUCAGAAAACCGGAACCAGCGGUCUCCGAAAGAAAGUGAAAGUUUUUAUGCAAGAAAAUUACCUUGCCAAUUGGAUUCAGGCAUUAUUUAAUUCAUUGCCCUUGGAGGAUUACAAAAAUGGGGCGUUGGUGUUAGGUGGUGAUGGCCGAUACUUUAAUCGUGAAGCUGCACAGAUUAUUAUUAAAAUUGCUGCUGGCAAUGGUGUUGGAAAAAUUUUGGUUGGCAAGGAAGGUAUUUUGUCGACUCCAGCAGUGUCUGCCGUAAUCCGGAAGAGAAAGGCUAAUGGUGGCUUUAUAAUGAGUGCAAGCCACAAUCCUGGUGGACCUGAAUAUGACUGGGGAAUUAAGUUCAACUACAGCAGUGGUCAACCUGCACCUGAAUCCAUCACUGACAAAAUUUAUGGAAACACGCUUUCUAUCUCUGAAAUAAAGAUUGCUGACAUUGCUGAUAUAGAUCUGACUCGACUUGGGGUUACAAAGUUUGGAGACUUCACAGUUGAAGUGAUAGACCCAGUUUCUGAUUACUUGGAGCUUAUGGAGAGUGUAUUUGAUUUCCAGCUUAUUAAAAGUCUUGUAUCAAGGUCUGAUUACAGGUUUAUAUUUGAUGCUAUGCAUGCUGUUACCGGUGCAUAUGCACAGCCCAUUUUUGUUGAUAAGCUCGGAGCUAGUCUGGAUUCAAUUUUAAAUGGAUUGCCUCUGGAGGACUUUGGACAUGGUCAUCCAGACCCUAAUCUGACCUAUGCUAAGGAUUUGGUUAACAUUAUGUAUGGUGAUAAUGGACCUGAUUUUGGAGCGGCAAGUGAUGGUGACGGUGAUAGAAACAUGAUUCUGGGUAAAGGUUUUUUUAUUACACCCUCAGAUUCUGUUGCGAUUAUUGCAGCCAAUGCACAAAAGGCAAUUCCAUAUUUCCAAAGUGGUCCAAAGGGUUUGGCCCGAUCUAUGCCAACGAGUGGAGCACUUGAUCGAGUUGCUGAAAAAUUGAGUCUUCCAUUUUUUGAGGUCCCCACUGGUUGGAAGUUCUUUGGGAAUCUUAUGGAUGCAGGGAAAUUAUCGAUUUGUGGAGAGGAGAGUUUUGGAACAGGUUCAGACCACAUUCGUGAGAAGGAUGGAAUUUGGGCAGUAUUAGCUUGGCUAUCAAUUAUUGCUUACAGAAAUAAAGACAAAAAAUCUGGGGAAAACUUGGUCUCUGUCGCUGAUAUUGCAAAGGAACACUGGGCAACCUAUGGAAGAAAUUUCUUUUCUCGUUAUGACUAUGAAGAAUGUGAAUCAGAGGGUGCCAACAAGAUGGUAGAUUACCUCAGAGAUUUGAUCUCAAAAAGCAAGGCUGGCGACAAGUACGGAAACUACACACUCCAAUUCGCCGAUGACUUUACAUACACCGAUCCUGUUGAUGGCAGUGUGGCAUCCAAGCAAGGUGUUCGAUUUGUUUUUACUGAUGGAUCAAGAAUCAUAUAUCGUUUAUCAGGGACUGGUUCAGCCGGUGCAACUGUCCGAGUAUACAUUGAACAGUUUGAGCCAGAUGUCUCUAAACAUGACGUGGAUGCCCAAACAGCAUUGAAACCGUUAAUCGAUUUGGCUCUGUCCAUAUCAAAGCUGAAGGACUUCACAGGAAGGGAGAAGCCAACAGUCAUCACUUGAAGCAAAAAUAGCUGAAGGUGAUCAAAUAUUAUCUUAAGAUAUGCCGAGGCAAAAAUGGCCAGCCACCCCCCUUUGUUUUUUUUUUCUUUUCUGUCUAGAGUUAUUAUUAUUCAUAUUAGUCCAGUUCAAUUUUGGUUGCAUUUCGGUAAUAAAAUUAAUAAUCUGGUUGAGAAAUGAGAAGCACAUCUGCGUAAAACACGUGAAUAUAUAAAUAAAAAUGCUAAUUUCUCCCUUCAAAAA